GAAUAGCUUGACGGACAGAACAAUUCAUUACACUAGUCAAGCGAUAGAUUAAACUGACAUUUAUACGUACACAAUAAAUAGAAACAAAAGGAACCCAAUACCGUUUUGUUACAAGUCGUUUACCUUUUAUCUUAUUUCAUAAAAAGCUAUUCACUUAUAAAGAGUUGAACGAUUUUCUAGUGUUUUUUUUUCUACGGAAGAAAAGGAUGUCAGUUGAAGCUAAAAUUCUCUGCACACCAUGUGUCAGAGAUGAUAAAACAGUUGAUGCCGUUAAAUAUUGUGCCGAUUGCAAUGAGAACUUCUGCAGGACUUGUCUAAGACAACAUAUAAAACAGUUUGCUAGUGUUUCAAAACAACAUAAACUACUGAGCAGAGAUGAAAUGCCAGAAUGGCUCAAAAAUGCAAGCAAAACAGAAAAUAAUUGCACAAGGCACCCUGACAAUGAGCUUGAUUCAUAUUGCGAGGAUCAUGAAAUUUUAUGUUGCGGCGCAUGCGUAGUAAUCGAACAUAGUUCAUGUGAGAACGUAAAAGACCUAUACCAAUUAUUUGGUGAAACAGAAUCACAACCAAACGUCGAAGUUCUUAUUCAAGAUCUACAGGAAAUGAUCAACAACUUUAAAGAUUUAAACGUAUCACGAAGAAACGACCGGUCACUGUUGAGAAAAUCCACUGCCAAGUCUCUGUCAAAUGUUCGUGACUUACGGAAGAAAGUCAAUGAUAAAUUUGAUGAACUAGAGAAAAUUGCUGUUGAUGAAAUUAACACAGAGUGUAUUAAAGAAGAUGACGCUAUAGAAUCAGACUUGAGACAAUCGGAAGCUUCUAUAACUUUGUUAGACAUGGGUCUGAAACAAAUAAGAUACUCAGAGGAAAAAUCUAAUAAAAAUCUAGCUGAAUCUAACUUGAAUAUUUUGAAUGGACAGAAACUUUUGAAAGACAUGAAGCAAAUACGCGAAUCAUUACGGGAUAAAAGAAAUAUUACAUCAGUAAAUUUUGUCGCAAAUCAACAUCUAGAAAAGUAUGUUUGUUCUUUAAAAAGUAUUGGCACGUGUAAGAGAUCAACAGGUGCAAAAAGCGCCUCUCGUGUAAAGAUGACUGGUUUCUCUGUUCAUGUGGAGGACGAUGGUGCAACAUGCGACAUACAAGAUGCUAUCCAGACAAGUUCGGGACAUUUUCUAAUACUAGACGCAGAAAAUAAGAAUAUCAAGAUUUUAGAUACUGAUUUAAAUAUCAUUAAAACAUUUGACUUGAAAGUUGACAUUGAAAACUCUGAUGAUCAACGCACAUUUGAACCUUUUAGUAUAUGUUGUAUAACAGAUGACGAAUUUGCCGUGUCAAUGGUCCGAGAUAAGGUAGUCAAUCUGUACCAGAUCGGAAACUGUAAUAUACAACUGACGACUGAUAUAUCUUUAGGAGAAUAUUGUCGGGGUAUAGUUUACAGUAGAGAGAAAGAGGAGCUUUUUGUUGCAUGUGGAGGUGGCUCUUAUGCCGACGAAGGUCUCGGGCAAAUACGUGUUUAUAGCACAAAAGGAGUCUUUUUGAGGUCUUUUACUAAGGAUAGAGACGGAAAAAUAGUUUCACCGCAACCGAUGUACUUGGCUAUCAGUGCAGACGAAACGAAAAUAUAUAUAGCUGAUAAUUAUAAAGGAAUCAUUACAAUAACUGUUGACGGACAAUACUUGAAUUCAUUUACGUCACAACAAUUGGCGGAAGCACGUGGCAUUUGCGUUGAUCAUGCGGGUGACCUUAUUGUCUGUGGAUAUGCAUCAAACAACGUUCUCCGGGUAAAUGAAGACAUGAAAAGCUGCGAGAUUCUGGUAAAGGAAUCAGAUAAUGUCAUAAAUCCCCAGGCGAUUGUUUAUGACUCGUUUUCUUCAAAGUGCCUAAUAUCUUCAAACUGCUCAAAUGAAAUGCAUGUUUUUGAAGCUUAAUGCGAUGUUAAAGUAACGUUCUCAAUUAAAUAUGUAGGUGCUGUAAAACAUCGUUUUUCAGAUAAUAUUCAUGUAU